UGUGUUACAAGUGUUACCGCAAACGAAUUCCCAACGUUUUGGGGGAAACCGGCCAACUUUAAGGUGGUUUAUGGACAACAUUAAAGUUGUUCUGAAAAUAUUUAUUUUAGAGUACACGAGUGAACGGCUAUUUUUCUAACUGUGUAGCUGAACAGCAUCGGUGUGUGUUUUCAUAUUUAGAGGCGAAGCACUUCGGACAUGAACAGGUGAGAACAGACCUCGAUUUUUUUGAGCUGCCCUUCUGGACCCGGUGCGAAGUUCUCAGUCAAAUAUGGCGGGCAGCAGUUGUGUGGACAUGGAUCCAGAUGUUGCUCUGAGAUUGUUUGAAGAAGGAGCCACCCUGGUCUUGCUGGGUGUUCCUCAGGGCACAGAACUGGGGAUAGACUGCAAGAGCUGGCAGGUGGGUCCUCGCUUUAGAGGAGUGAAGAUGAUACCUCCGGGUCUCCACUUCCUCCAUUUCUGCUCCGUUAACUCUCCAAGCUGUGGUGGAGAAAUUGGUCCUAAAUCAGGCCUCUUCCUCACUCUUAAACCCAGAGAGAUUCUGUUGGCCCACUGGGACCCCAAAGAAGAGGAUCUGGACUUCUCAGCCUCAAAGAAUGACGAGGAGGUGAACCGAAUCCGGAGCACCUUGCGAGAGCUGGAUCCCUACUUGGGUCCCUAUCCAUAUGAGGUGAUGAGGAAGUGGGUUUCCCUCACUGACCAGAUCAGCCAGGAGCUAGCUGUUAACCUGCAGCCUCUCUCUGGUCGAGUGUGCGCUUUCAGUGAUAUCAUCCCUGAACUGCAGUUCAGACACACGAAAGACCGGGCAGAGCAGCCAAGGAAUGACACAGCCUGUCAAAGCAUGAGAGAGGGACUCGAUAGGCUUCCAAAGAUGAAGCAGAGGGAGGGCACCGAGUUACGCUUCUCAGAUAUUCCCAAGAAGACCUACCCUCCUGGAGCUUCUCCCGCAGAGAUCACCCGAUGCAGCAUGGACCUGAGUUACUCCCUGGAGACUGUGGUGGAGCAGAACUACCCGGACCAACCCCUCAACUUGCUUGGUGAGCUGCAGUUUGCCUUUGUGUGUUUCCUGGUCGGAAACGUGUACGAGGGCUUCGAGCACUGGAAGAGUCUACUGGCUCUGCUGUGCCGCUCAGAGGACGCCAUGAGGAAGCGGAAAGAGCUCUAUCUGGGCCUCAUCACUGUGCUCUACCACCAGCUUGGAGAAGUACCCCCGGACUUCUUCGUUGACAUUGUUUCGCAGAGUAACUUCCUCACCAGCACACUCCAGGACUUUUUUCAGUUUGCCACUGGACCUGGUGUGGACAGCACUCUGCGAAAGAAAGCAGAGAAGUUCAAAGCCCACCUGACCAAGAAGUUUCGCUGGGAUUUUGAUGCAGACUUGGAUGACUGUGCUCCGGUGGUGGUGGAGAUACCUGAAGGCGUCGCAGUGGACUGAAACAGCUCUGUCUCAAAAAUUCAUCAUGUCAUUAUUUUUUUAGUAUGAGGUGUGUGCUGUGCAACAUCUACAAAAUAUGUGACUACUUAAUGUAGAAAAGCAAACCUGUCAUUAAACCACCUGUAUUGUUACAGUCUUGUUAUAGGUAAAAGAAGAUGCCUUCUGAACAUGUUUGUUGUCAUCAGUACUUUGAAAUUUGUAAGUUAAAUACAGGAAUUCAAACAAAUGUCAGCAGCGUUAGCUUUUAUAUUUUAUGAAUAUUAAAAAUAAAGAAGAAAAAGCUUUGUGUUUAUUAAGAAAGUGGUGACUUUUAGAUGAAUAGUUACAGAAAACUCAAUAUAUUAUAGAAAAAUAAUUUCAGUAACCAAUACUUAGAUUCUUUACUGAGGUUUUUGAUCAUCCUUAUGAUCAUGGCUUACAACUAACAACAACCUAAAAUACAGUUUGUCUGAAAAUAAAAUUAGAUAAGAUCAACAAAAUUAUUCUAUGGUUGAUAAAAUCAUGGGAGAUUGUUUCACAGUAGGAAGUUACUGACACCUUAUACAAGAGGUCAUUGCUAAUGGGCUUUUCAAAGAAGGCUGUUUAGAAGGACAGAAGGCUCAUUAGAAGGACAAAUGGUUGAAAAAGGCACACUAGCAAUAGAGAUUACCAAAUCCUAGAGGAUUGCGAAGCAUUGACCAUUCAAGUAUUUGGAGGCAAUUCAGAAAGUUUGAACUGUGCUCUGUUGGAGUCAGAGCUCCAGGGAAAAACACACAGACAUAUCUGGGAAAAAGGCUAAAACAUUCCUUGUGUUAAGCAACCCUGAACCAAAGAUGUCCGAAGCUUCUAAUAAGAAACUAGGCUAUUGUCUUUUUUUUCAGAUGAAAGUAAAUUUUGCAAUUUAUUUGGAAAUCAAGGUUCCCGUGUCUUGAGGAAAAGUGGAAUUAGAGCGAUUUUAAGCUCUUUAUGAGGUUUUCAAAGUCAGUGAUUAUUUUAUGAUGCCAUCUGCUGGUGUUGAUCUAGUGUCAUAUUUUAGUUAUCUGAUG